AUGAACCGGACAUCAUCCCAUACCCAUCCUGCGCAUCCCACUUCACCUUCACUCGUUCAUUCUCCAGUCUCGCAAGAUGAUACGUCUUCCUCAUCGGUAACACGACUGGCGGAGGACGCGGCGCACCUUUCGGUGAAUGGCAGUGCUGCCCUUGCCGUGCCCACCGCUGGCCCCCCCGGCUCCCAACUUACGGCGGCUGCAAAGAAGCCCAAAAUGACGCACCGUCUGACCCGGAUGUUCUCUCGGAACGAACAAAAGGACGUCGAUGCCGCCAAAUCAGACUCCUUCAAAGAGUCUUCCCCAGACGCCCGUCUGGAAAACGGCAACGGCAACGGUUACCACAGCCGACCUCCGGCGGGCAGACAGUCUUCAGGUGAUCAGAAGGACGGCAAGAAGAUGACCAUACUUGGUGCCACCAAAGAGAAGACCAAGGGCGAAGUUCAUUCAGAUUCUUCCCAUGCUGGACACAAGAGAUUCGAAAUCGACGAAGAUGGGUCCCAUGCACAUCAGCUCAAGUCCGCCAAAAGGCAGGAGAAGCUAUCCGACAUGCUCCGAGACAUGCUUGGAGGCAGUAAGAGGAAAGAUCAAGACGGUGGCGACCAACAAUUGUCGCUCAUGUCAUCCUGGGUUGAUCAGCUGAGAUCUGAGAAGGACAAUCUUGCCAGCGACAAGAAGGGUGGUCCGAACGCCACGGCCAACUUGGUCGAGAAGUACGGAAAGUGCCAGGAAAUUGUCGGUCGCGGGGCCUUCGGCAUCGUCAGAAUAUCGCACAAACCAGACCCCAAUAGCGCUGGAGGUGAAUUGCUCUAUGCUGUCAAGGAAUUCCGUCGUCGCCCGCAAGAGACGCCCAAGAAAUACCAGAAACGACUUACCAGCGAAUUUUGCAUCUCAUCCUCUCUUCGCCACCCCAAUGUAAUUCACACCCUCGACCUCCUUCAAGAUGCCAAAGGCGACUACUGUGAAGUCAUGGAAUAUUGUGCCGGUGGAGACCUCUACACCCUUAUUCUUGCGGCUGGCGUUCUCAGCGUCCCCGAAGCAGACUGUUUUUUCAAGCAGCUAAUGCGUGGUGUCGAGUACAUGCACGAAAUGGGUGUCGCGCAUCGCGAUCUAAAACCCGAGAAUCUGCUCUUGACCACCCACGGUGCUUUAAAAAUUACUGAUUUUGGAAACGGUGAAUGUUUCCGGAUGGCUUGGGAGAAAGAAGCCCAUAUGACUGCCGGACUUUGCGGCAGUGCACCUUAUAUCGCCCCCGAAGAAUAUGGAGGCGGCGAGUUUGAUCCUCGAGCCGUUGAUGUCUGGGCCUGUGGUGUCAUCUACAUGGCCAUGCGCACUGGCCGACAUUUAUGGAGAGUGGCACGAAAGGAGGAGGACGAAUUUUAUGAAAGAUACCUCGAAGGACGACGUGACGAAGACGGCUAUGCUCCGAUAGAGACUUUGCAUAGGGCGCGCUGCAGAAACGUCAUCUACUCGAUUUUGGAUCCGAAUCCAGGCCGCCGAAUUACCGCAUCUCAAGUCCUCAAAUCCGAAUGGGGUAGGGAGAUCAAAGUGUGUAAAGCGGGUCAAGAGGGUUACUAG